UUCCUUUUUCGUUACAGAUUAAAAUGGAACGUUGGGUGGGCAAAGUCGCCGUUGUUACGGGGGCUAGCGCGGGAAUGGGGGCCACAAUUUCGCAGUAUUUAGUCGAAAAAGGUAUGAAAGUGGUCGGAUUAUCGCGCAAAAUCGACCGAAUCGAGGAGUUAUCCAAAAAAUUGGCCGAAUUACAACACCCCGGACAUUUAUAUCCAUUCAAAUGUGACGUUAGCAGAGAAGACGAUAUUUUAAGAGCUUUUCGUUACGUUAAAGAUAAUUUAGGAGCUAUUAGUUUAUUAAUUAAUAACGCAGCGUUAACAAGAUCAACAAAUUUAAGUGAAGGAAAUACUUACGAUUGGAGAAAAAUCCUCGACGUAAACGUUUUAGGCUUAUGCAUUUGUACGAGAGAAGCGAUAAAAUCGAUGAAAGAAAACGAAAUUGAUGGUCAAAUAAUAAAUAUGAACAGCGUCGUGGGGCACUACGUCCCUUUGAUGACCGAACCCUUUUUAAACGUAUACCCAGCCUCAAAAUUCGCCGUUACGGCUUUAACGGAAACGUUGCGGCAAGAAUUACGUUAUUAUAAAAGCAAAAUUAAAGUAACUAGUAUAAGUCCUGGUGUUGUUAAAACGGUUGAUUCUUCCUCAAACGUUGAUUUAAACGAAGAAGAAACGAGCGAUUUACCUUUUUUACGCCCGGAAGAUGUUGCGCAAAGUAUAGGUUAUGUUUUGUCGACGGGGCCGAAUGUGCAAGUUCACGAAUUAACUUUAAGACCGAUUGGGGAGAUGUUUUAAAUACAACAAUAAGUAAUUAAGUUAAUAAACUUAUUAAUUUAAGUUGACAUAACCUCGC